CAUCAACAUCCACUUCUACAUUCAGUUCUAUUAGAGUGACUCGAAUAAACAAGAUGAACGUAACUCAUGUUUUAUUAUUUUUUUUUACAAUAUUUUUCUCAAGUUGUAUCAUAUGGUGUGCUUCGUUCACUUCAGAAGAUUUGGACACAGACAUGAGAUAUAUAAAAAUCUGCAAUCUUUCAUCUCCAAUUAGUCUCAGGGCUAUGAAUGAAGUUUUGAUAAACAAAAAGUUGGCGAAAGGAGAAUCGAGUAAUUUCAAAUGUUUCCUACAUUGUCUUUUCACAAAAUACGGCUGGAUGGACGAAGAUGGUGGCUUUUUGGUCCACGAUAUAAAAAAGACAUUGGAAGAUGCUGAUAUUGAAAUUGCGAGCCUGGAGUACAUCUUGUACAAAUGUACGGCCCUAGAAUCUAUCGAUAGGUGCGAGAGGUCAUUUACAUUCACAGAAUGUUUUUGGAAAAAAAUGUCGCAGGUACAACCACAAGAAGAUCAAUUAUUCUACAACAUGGAUGACAAUAUCAACAAAAAAAGAUAAAAUUCCCAAAACAAACAAAUCGUAUAUUACGAACUGGUACAUAUUAUGUAAAUAUUACCCUAAAUCAAUAUUUUUGUAACUAUUUUUAUCGCGUGAAUGUCGUAUCUAGAAAUUUUGUAAUAAAAUUAUGAAAAUAAGGUCA